AUGACAAUAGUGAAAUGGUUGGCUGUCGAAAAUGAUGAGCAGUGUGGCAUAUUCGAAAGAUGCAAGGAGCUGAAACAAAGUUCUUCGGAUAUCUGCUUGAGAAUAGGACAACUAGUGGGUGAAUUAUCCAAAUCGAAUUUGAUGAAGGUUCGACAAAGCACAGCCGAUAGCGAAGACUUAAUCAAUAAGUUGAACGAAAUCUUAAGUAAUUUAGAUGAGAAGCCGAAGGCUUAUGAAAAAUGUUUGGAGGAUUUGAACUUGAAUUUCCCACUGAAAUUGAAAGCGGAUAUGUGGAAGCAGCUGCUCGGAAAUUUGGUGCUGAAAAUUUGCUAUUUACUUCAGCAAAUGUUAAGCGACGUCUUGCAUCUUUAUAUUUACUACGGCGAUAAAAUAUUGAUAAUUACCUUCAAAAUUUCCAAUAUUAUGAAUCAUUUAUUGAAUUUGGAUGCGCAGUUUAAGCUUUCAAAUACGAUGGCAAUAUCGAGUAAUACGUGUCCGUAUUUGCUGUAUCCAAUGAGGAAGAUCUCGAUUACAAAACUUCUGCAAAUUUUGGCACAGAACAGAGCUGAACUUAGUGCACAUAAACUAAUUGACUGUCUACUAGAAACGUAUAAACUGUACGAGAGUCACGACGAGGAAAGCCAUUCGGAUAAUUCGAGCGUCGAAAUUUUCAAAGCACUUACUAAUCACAUGUCUCCGAAAACGGAGGCAACCUUCGAAAAACCGAAAGCUCCUGUAAAAGAGGGCAGCUUUUUAAAUUUGGACAAAUUAAUCGAGUACGAGGAACAAAACGUUCUCGAAUUGUUGGACGUCGCUGUGACUAUCUCACCGAACAUGCUUGGAAACGAUAGCAUAAAAAAAUCUAAACUAAGUUCUAAGGCUCAAGAGAAAGUACUUAAUUAUUACCAAGAGAUUUUGUGGGGAGAAGUCGGGAAUUUUCUUGAGCACAUCAUCCUCUGGUGGGGCGCAUCGCCUUUAGCAUCCAGACCUCCGCAUUCCAGUCAGCAUCUUAGAGAAUGGAUAGCGCAGUUUACGCCCACAGCCGAUGUGCCUGUGUUUAUUAUUUCAACUUUGACUAGUCUUGCGGAUGGUUUAGGCGUUCAUAUAACAUCGACUUCUUGGGAUCGGAACUUCCGGUUGGCUCUGGUUGCUUCGAAAGGGUGUCACAAUGCUGGACAACUUUUCUGUGAAAUGCUACAAGAUUUGAUUUCGCUUUCGAAUCAGUGUGAAGUCACCAACGAAUGGAUUGUCGGGGCUCCUUUAGAAGAGCUACCGUUGGUUGAACAAAUUCCAGUUUUGCAUAGACUAGAUCAUUCUGUUCACACCACUAGACUAUGGGCGGCAAAUGAAACGAAGAAAUUAGCAAACAACUGGGACGUCUAUGAUUUCUUCAUGAUAACUCACUGCGACAUCGUGAACUGCCUUUCUCACCUGAACAACGUGCGUUUGGUCGAUCACACUCUGCAGAUACACAAAGGCGGUUUGCAAGUACACGUCGAAGUCUGCGCGAAAAUGCGAGAGAAGUUAGUGUCCGAGAUAAAAGCCAACAUACAAAAGCUAAAGGAUACGUCGAAGGAAUGCGUCGACUGCUUGGCCAGCGUCUGCACUACAAUUUGUUUGGCUCAUUUAAAAAUGAUAUUUCCCAAAGGGAAUUACUGGUUUAAGACCGGAAACAAGAAACCGGAAGUACAAAGUGAUUACGUCAAUAAAUAUUUAGAUCAAAUUCUGAUGCCCGUCUUGAAAGCGACCGAGGAUUACCUAAUUUGCAACAUGAUCUUGAAACUGAUUUGCGAAGCUCUCCUCGAUCAUAUCUAUUUGAACAGAAUAAAGUUUUCCGAGUUUGGAGCGUUGCAGUUGCUCACAGAUUUUGCAGGGAUUUCGCUGUGGAUCAAUGAAUCGCAAGUUGUCAGCGACCCGAUUCGUAAUAGGAUGCUUAAGAACGAGGUGCUGAGGAAGUGCGAAGGUGUUGGGAGGCUGCUUUUGAGGAAUCCGGGCGAGAAGAUUAAAAUGCACGAGAAGCAUAAGAAAAUUGAUCAUGGAAACAAUGAUGCUCAAUUGAUGCCGGCCGAAAUGUAUGUACCAAAUCAGGAGCAAUGGUUGGAAUUGAGGGCGAACAAAAGUUCACUCAACUUCUUCCUCAAUCCGCUUUGCUGCGGCGAAACUCUGUAA